AUGAAUCCUCACAUCUCCGUCCCCCGCCAACAUGCCAGCCCGGCCAGCUUCGGCGGCACCACCCCAGCAAGCCGCGGGUCUAGUAUCCGCAUGCCGCGAUUCUUCAAGAGGCUGUUCAAGUUCCCGCAAAUGGACUUCGAGAUGGCUAUCUGGGAGAUGACGUCUUUGUUGAUUGCGCCGAAGAAGGUCUUCAAAUCAAUCUAUUACCAUAAACAAACGAAAAACACCUGGCACCGUCCGGACCCUUCAUUUACCUACCUCCUAUCCUUCUUCCUUCUGCUUACCGCCCUCGCGUGGGGACUCGCCUAUGCACCCUCCUUCGGCUCCAUUGUCCGGCUCUCGUUAAUCUUCAUCUUUGUCCACUUCAUCGGCUCGUCCUUGCUGGUCUCGACAGUCGGGUACUUCGCGAUCCCGCGGUUGUUCGGGCCCGAUGGCGCAGCCGCAUCGCUGACGGGAUUCCGCGGCGGGCGUGGACGGAGACGCGGCGCAGCGCAAGGCCUAUUCACGCAGCCGGGAGAGAAGGACCAGCUUGAAUUCGGAUACUGCUUUGAUGUAUCGAAUCGAGCAUUCUUCCCUCUGUAUCUGCAUCUCUACGUGGUCCAGUUCCUGGUCCUCCCGCUGCUCCAGCGCAGCAGCAACGCCCUGGCCACCUUCCUUGGAAACACACUUUACCUGUCGGCCGUAACCUACUACACCUACAUCACGUUCCUCGGAUACAAUGCGCUUCCGUUUCUGCACAACACGGAGCUUCUGCUACUCCCCAUCCUGGCACUUGCGGUGCUGUGGCUGGUGAGCUUGAUUUGCGGAUGGGGGAUAGUGGCGCAAGGUCACGGGGUGGAAGGACUGUUCUGGGGUGCAUGA